UUACAAAUCACCAUUUACACAAGCGAUCACCAACUGGCGAGCAGUGUUGAUACUUCGCUCUGCGCCUCGAAAUCAAGAGCCUGAAAAAUUACUAAUAUUUUCACAUCGAUACAAUCAUGAGCUGCACAAGACGAAGCACGAUUUUGAGAGCAAGGAAAAAUAGCGAAGCUGAACGCGAGACUCGUACCAGUCGUAAGAGGAAGAAAUUGAACACGAGUUGCUGCGACGACGAUAAAAAUCACAUGGAGGAAGGUAGUGGAAAUGGCAGAAGAAUUCAAAAAGAAAAUGAUGAGUCUUUAGCUGUAAACCAAGUGCCUUCUACACCAGCUGACUGCCAUCAAUUGACAUGCAUGACCUUCAAUUUCCCUCGACACUGCAAUGAUUCAAGGACACCAUUACCCGCACUAAACUGGGCGGAUUCCGAAGACUUCUGGGCAUUUUUAAAAGACAAAGAUCGAGAAUACCCAAAGUAUGGUCAGUACAUGGGUCAGCAUCCUGCACUACAACCAAAGAUGAGAACAAUUUUGUUGGAUUGGUUAAUUGAGGUCUGUGAGGUGUACAGGUUGCAUCGUGAAACAUUUCACCUUGCUGCAAGCUAUGUUGACCGAUAUCUUAAGGUGAAACGAGAUAUUCAAAAAUCAAGGCUGCAGCUUGUCGGAGUCACAGCAUUGUUCAUUGCUGCAAAAUUAGAGGAAAUAUAUCCACCAAAAUUGUCUGAAUUUUCUUAUGUAACUGAUGGUGCUUGUACGGAUGAUGAGAUACUCAUUGAAGAGCUAGUUAUGCUAAAGGUUUUAGACUGGAAGUUAACACCACUGACAAUAAAUACAUGGUUAAGAGUCUAUCUGCAGCUCUGUAGUUAUGAACAGGAUGAAAAGGAUGCCCUAUUUUUAGUGCCAGCAUUCUCAGGAAAGCAUCUAGUCCAAGCAGCAAAGUUACUUGACUUAUGUGUACUGGACUUGGAAUCGUUAGACUUUCCCAACAGAGUACUAGCAGCAGCAGCAUUGCAUCAUACUGUGUCUACUAUUGAUAUUACUCAAGUAACAGAUAUACCUUGGUCAGAGCUGUUGCCGUGUGUCCAAUGGAUGAGACCAUUUGCAGCUGCUGUGCGAGAACAGGGAACUGUGAAUGUUAGAUUAUUUGAGAAGAUUGCACCAGAAGACUGUGCAAAUAUUCAAACCCAUACAAACAACUUGACAUUGCUGGCUGACGUUGUUGCACAUAAGGAGAAGUUUGCUCAGGCACCUUUGUCAAGACGUAGCCCACCAUCACCUGCCCUUGGAGUCCUAACACCUCCAAGUAGUUCAAAGAAAGGCAAAGCAUAAUAACAGUUGUGAGGGGAAAUAUGGUGUUUAGAAAUAUUGUCAAAUUGGUGAAUGGGUACAAGACAAAUCUCCACACAGAAAUCCAAUGAACUGAUUGCCAAAAGUAUUACUGGGGUAGAAAAGUGCUGUGAUUGAAAUCAUACCCAUCGUAGUUUCAUACUUAACUUGCAAACCAAUGGUUUUUAACACUUGUAAA